CAAAAGAGAAAGAAAAAGUGACGAUUAAAGCACAUAGACAAUACCAUAUAAUUCAGUAGUAGAGCAUGGAAAGUUGAUGUAAUUUCUGAUUUGUAUGGUCAUUUUAUAUUCAGAUAUAUUCUGAUCGACCAACUCUUUUAUGAUUGCCACCAGCUCCCACGGAGUGCAGUGUAAACCCAUACAUGCAUGCUGUCUUUGUCCUUCUCCUCUGUGUUAUCUCUCCCCCCAAGACUUGGUACAGUAGAGAGAGAGAGAGAGAGAGAGAGAGAAGAGGUGGUCAGGAGCAUGGAAGGCAAUGUCUCCACCACCGUGGCCAUCUACAUCGACCAAGCCUGCGAUCUGCUGUCGGCCUUGGCGACCGCGGAAGUGUUGAACAGAGCUGCGACGGCGUGGGCCGCAGUGAGGGCGGCGGUGGUGGUGCCGUCGAUGAAGGCGGCAGUCGUAGUGUGCUUGGCCAUGUCGGUGAUGCUGGUAGUUGAGAAGCUGUCGAUGGCCCUUGUCGCCCUCUACGUGAAGGUCUUCGGGCGCACGCCGGAAAGGAUCUACAAGUGGGCGCCAUUGUCGCAGGAUGUCGAGCUCGGCUCUCUGGCCUAUCCUCUGGUCCUCGUCCAAAUCCCCAUGUUCAAUGAGAGGGAGGUUUACCAGAUGUCAAUUGGAGCAGUGUGCAUGCUGGAAUGGCCAUAUGACAGACUCAUAAUACAAGUUCUAGAUGAUUCAACAGACCUAAAAAUUAGGGAACUGGUGCAAGAGGAAUGUGAGAAAUGGUCUAAGAAGCGAAGGAACAUACAUUACAUAUCAAGGGACAACAGGAAUGGGUAUAAAGCUGGUGCCCUGAAAGAAGCAAUGGAUCUCGACUAUGUGAAGAAAUGCGAUUAUGUCGCGAUAUUUGAUGCAGAUCAUGAGCCUCCAUCAGAUUUUCUUAUGAGAACCAUCCCUUUCCUCAUCCAUAAUCCCGAAAUCGGUCUUGUUCAAGCACGUUGGAAGUUCGAGAAUGCCAAUGAAUGUGUAAUGACAAGGAUACAAGAGAUGUCAUUGAACUACCAUUUCAAAGUGGAACAACAAUCAGGUUCUUCAACUAUGGCAUUUUUCGGAUUUAAUGGAACUGCUGGUAUUUGGAGAAUUCUAGCUAUUAGUGAAGCAGAAGGUUGGAAAGAGAGAACUACAGUUGAGGACAUGGACUUGGCUGUUAGAGCAACACUUCAAGGCUGGAAAUUUGUAUAUAUUGGAGACCUUAAGGUUAAAAGUGAAUUACCAAGCAAUUAUAAAGCCUACCGUUAUCAGCAACAUCGUUGGGCUUGCGGACCUGCAAAUUUAUUCAAGAAAAUGACAACAGAGAUAAUAAUGGCCAAGAAAGUGCCUUUUGUGAAGAAAUUCUUUUUGCUCUACAACUUCUUCUUGGCAAGAAGGAUUUUAUCCCACAAUGUGACUUUCUUCUUCUACUGCAUCAUCAUUCCAGCAUCUUCAUUUUUCCCUGAAGUUGUGAUUCCAAAAUGGGGGGUGUUCUAUAUCCCAAUAGCCAUUACCCUUCUCAAUUCAAUUGGAACCCCAAGGUCUUUACAUCUAAUUAUCAUCUGGAUAUUCUUCGAAAGCGUCAUGUCCUUGCAUCGAUGCAAAGCAGUCUUCAUUGGUCUGUUUGAUGCAGGGAGAGUAAAUGAAUGGGUUGUCACAGAGAAAGCAGGGAAUGCAUCAAAGACUAUACAAACUUCAACAGCUGCUAAGAAAUGUCCAAACAAGUUCUGGAAAAGGUUUCAUUUCUUAGAACUGGGGAUGGGAGUACUCCUCUUGAUAUCUGCAUGUCACAAUUGCAUCUUCAGAACAAACCUAUAUUUCAUAUUCAUCUUCCCUCUAUCUCUGUCCUUCCUCACAAUGGGCUCUGGUUUUGUUGGUACUUAUACUGCACAGCAAAGUAGCUGAACACAGCUUGGGCAUCACAGUUGUCCACCAUUUCAUCCUAUCUCCACAGAUUCUUUUGUGUCACUAAUGAUUCAUGUACUAUCCUUUAUGAAUAAGAGGGACAGUCAAGCACCACCCUGGAGGAGGAGAAUUAAACUGAUUCCAUACUGAACAACUGCACUAAUGACUGAAAAAUGUAGCAGGCAGAAGGAACAUAUAGUCAUGUACAUCGAGGGCAAGUUUAGGCCCCUGUUCUCUUAAAAGUAACACAAAGCAGUUACACCAACCAAAUAGCAGUGUAAAUGUUCAGUUUAGUAUAGAUUUUUGUUCAUCUUGUUUUC